UCCGCUCCACCCCUCCUACUACUGCUGCUCCCCAGCACGCACGUUUCCCCAACACCGCCACCCUGUCUGCGCAUUUGAUCGUCCAUCUCCAUUGAAGGAAACCCUCCAGGAGGCACAUCUGCACCCCAUUCAUCACCUUAACCACUAACCAUCUGUCGACUAUGUUGAUAAUACUUGCCUUCAUCAUCCUUUUCCACAUAAUCUCAGCAACACUGCUCUUCAUAUCCACAAUAAACAAUGCCUGGUGGGUAUCGGGAUUCAUCUACACGGACCUGUGGUACUCCUGCAACACAACCUGCUAUCCUAUAGCAAAUAGCGAAUCCACGGCCGCAGCCUACCUCCAGGCCGUCCAGGCAGCCAUGAUACUGGCCACCAUUCUGUGCUGCGUCGGUUUCUUUGUGUUCAUUCUGCAGCUUUUCCGCUUGAAGCAAGGAGAGCGAUUCGUCUUCACUGCCAUCAUUCAGCUGCUCUGUGCCUUCUGCGUCAUGGUCGGCGCCUCCAUUUACACGGCCGAACACAAAAGCUUCCAGCAGGUGGAGUUUAGAGACGGGAGAUACGGCUAUUCUUUCGUCCUUGCCUGGAUCACCUUCCCACUUACCCUCUUCAGUGGAUUGAUGUAUCUAGUGCUAAGGAAACGCAAAUAGAUGACCACCCAACCCCUCACCUAUAAACAUGUAGCUGCAGUCUGUAGACAUCAAUAUUUUGUAUAUACUCAUUUUUAAUGUACAGGUAAAAUAAUGUCAGAAUUAGCAGUACAAAGACUGAAAAAAAAA